UCAUCGGGUGGGAUGAAUAAAUAAGCGACUGUGAAGUGGAGAGACAAUAUCGAGGUACCUAGCAAAAAAGAGGUGGAAACAGCGCAUUGCGAAUUGCCAGUAAUUGACAAUCAUGUAAUGACGUAGUUUCGCGGAGUAACCUUGAAUUCUUUUGGGCUCCAUCGGCUCUUUAGGAUUGUUUGAUGACUUUCCGAAAUGGGCGUUUGAAGAGGCUGGUUGAAUUUCAAUCUUGAACAAAAUACUCAGUUUAAGGGAGAGAUUCGAUAAGGUAUUGUUGAGUAGUUGUGUGGGAUGUCAAGAUAUUUGUUUGUGACUAGUGGAAGUGCUUGAUGAUUCUAACGACAGGUGAAGCGUGAGAUGAAUUUUGCGAAUUCCAAACUGCAAUAAUUUUGAUAUAUUAUCUUGGCGCAGUGCUUCUCAAUCUGACCACCGCAGUUUUCAACUAUUGUGAUGUUGUAGUCGUCAGCAAUAGAAUCAGCAGAACCUCUGUGAUCCAGCUAGUUUGCAAUUCAAAUGCGGAAUCGAUAUUGGCGAUGCAACUGGUUAAUUGCUUAUAUUGAGACGUUAGGCGCCUGGUGAUAAAAGUAAACACGUGCCGCAACAAAUCGGUUUUAUGACGGCUCGAAACUAAGCGCUCUUCACGUCUCCUUCAAAGAGAGACCAUUGCUCUCCAUUCACUCGAUAGUGCUGCUCAAUUGGAAACAAAGCAUCAUUGCGAUAUAGGACUAAUUGUGCGUGCAAUUCUCUUCGGCAUCUAGCAGUCAGUUAUUCAGCUUCUCCCGUCGAGAAACGCUACUCUUUGUGUCGCGGUGCUGCGCGAUCAGCCUUCAAUGCGACAAAGUAGGCCUUCGAACUCUUUAUUGCAGUUCCUGAUUCAGUCGACGACGCUGGCUGCACAGUUGUAACAGUCAGCUUACCUACUCCGAUGCAGCGUGGUGAACCUAGGACUGUGGACUACGCCCUACCAUCAGAUCACACUCUUCAACGUUUCCAUCUCGUUUGUUCUUUUAUCAGCUGAACCGAGCCGAGUCGAGUGUCAACAUCAACUGCUGGCAGUAGUGUGCGCAAUCAAAAUAGAAACGGGAAUGUUGUGCUAAAAAUGAGGUGAAAAAAGAUUAAUCAAUUCUCCGUGCAAAAAAGGCGAUAGAAAGUGCAUCUACUGAAACGUUAUCACUUCGCAGGGCGGAUUGUCGAGUGAAGCGAAGUGACACAGAAAAAAAGAAGAAAUCGCAAACCAUCCGACGGAAUGCUUAAAUCCGUGCUAAUUCUGGAAGAUUAACCGUCAUUGUCGUCGUCAUCGAGCUGCGCAAGAGGGAAAUAAGUGCAAUAAAUGUGAUAAAGGGAACUAAAUACGCUCGCGGCACCGAAGAAUUCCCAAAGUGAAUGAUAAGUGCUCAAGAAAAGUUUCGCGUCGUGAAAAUUGGCGAGCUCAGUUCUGAUCGUGCGGUAACCGUGACAACAACACCCCGGACAAGCGCUGCUUCCGAGCUUGGCAGCGGAACUUCUUCAAUUGUGUGGUGCAUGCGGUGAAUGAGCUACGGCUUUGCAACGGAUUUUCUCAGCUGGAUAAGGACUGCGCAGCGAGCCAUCAUGUCGAAUGCAACGGCUUUGAUUGACGAACUCGACGGGUGUCUACAAUAUGUCGGCGGCACGGGCGGUGCCUUGGCGCUGACGGGGGUGGCUGCUGCGACUGCAUACUACUACGCUACCAGACCAAUACCGGAGAAACCACUAGUGCCUCUAGAUAAUCAGUGUCCCAUAGAAGAUGGUCCUGAGCAAAUACACGUGUCCAAAUUCUACAAAGAAGCCAAGGAUGGAAAGUACAUCAGCUGCCUGGCAGAUGACGCCCGGACACUUUACCAGACCUUUCGCAAAGGAGUUAUCGCGUCCAAUAAUGGACCCUGCUUGGGCUGGCGAGACAAUCUUCAGUCGCCUUACCAGUGGAUGAACUUCAACGAGGCCCUGCUGCGAGCGAAGAACUUCGGUUCCGGCUUGAUUGCCCUCGGGCUACGACCUGGUCCAUCCACUUUCGUCGGUAUCUACUCCCAAAAUCGGCCCGAGUGGAUCCUGUUCGAGCAGGGUUGUUAUUGUUACUCGUUGGUUGUUGUUCCUCUGUACGAUACGCUCGGACCGGAUGCGUGUGCGUUCAUCAUCGACCAGACGGAAAUCUCCGUCGUGGUGGUCGAAGACGACAAGAAGGCCAAUUUGCUGCUCGAUAAGGCACCCAAGACGCUCCGGAAGUUUGUGGUGAUCAAAGAGGUCCGGCCGGCCACUCUCCAGCGGGCCAAGAACCGCGGCAUCGACAUACACACGUUUGACGAGGUGGAAAAACUCGGUGCCUCUAAAUCGUUCCCGGAAGUUGAACCGAAACCGUCGGAUGUGUGCACGGUUUGCUACACAUCGGGCACCACGGGUAACCCCAAGGGGGUGAUGCUGUCGCACAUGAAUGUCGUUUCCGGUGUGGCCGGUGUCUUCAUGCAGCUUGGGCCUCACAAACCUCGCGUAGGAGAUAUUAUGAUUUCGUUCCUGCCGCUGGCACACAUGCUCGAACGGUGCUGCGAGAAUGGUGUCUACUACAAUGGUGGAGCCGUUGGGUUCUACUCCGGGGACAUCAAGGAACUAACCAAUGACCUGAAGGCUCUAAAGCCAACGCUAAUGCCGGCCGUACCUAGACUGCUGAACCGAGUGUACGAUAAGAUUUACUCUGAAGUGGCGCGAUCGUCGGUCAAGAAACUGCUUCUCAGGAUGGCACUGAACGCAAAGGAAGCGGAAAUCAAACGAGGCAUAGUGCGACGGACUAGCAUGUGGGACAAGUUGGUAUUCCGGAAGAUUCAGGAAGGAUUUGGCGGCCGAUUGCGACUGAUGGUGGUGGGAUCGGCCCCACUUUCUCCAACAGUGCUCACAUUCUGUCGAGCGGCCCUUGGAUGUCUUAUUUGUGAAGGAUACGGACAGACGGAGUGUACCGCUCCGAUCACACUGACCGUGCAAGGUGAUUUCGUCCCUGGACACGUCGGUCCACCGGUAUCGUGCAAUUCUAUCAAGUUGGUUGAUGUGCCGGAAAUGGAGUAUUAUGCGUCGCAACAGCAGGGAGAGAUCUGCGUCAAGGGAGCCAAUGUGUUUAUUGGCUACUACAAAGACCCCGUCCGAACGGCGGAAACGAUCGACGAGGACGGCUGGCACCAUACCGGUGACAUCGGCCAGUGGCUGCCGAACGGAACGCUCAAGGUGAUCGACCGCAUGAAGCACAUCUUCAAGCUGAGCCAGGGCGAGUACAUCGUACCGGAAAAGAUCGAAAAUGCCUACAUUCGCAGCCAGUACGUCGAGCAGGUGUUCGUUCACGGCGAGAGUCUUAAGAGUUGUGUAGUGGCGAUCGUAGUGCCUGACGUGGAAGUGAUCAAACACUGGGCCGUCGAGAACAACAUUCCCGGAACGCUCAGCGUACUGUGCAGCAAUCCCGACGUUAAGCAGCUCAUCUUGAACGACAUGCUCGCCUGGGGCAAGGAGUAUGGACUUAAAUCAUUCGAACAGGUUAAGGACAUUUACCUUCACCCGGAUCCAUUCUCGGUACAGAAUGGGCUGCUGACUCCGACGUUCAAGAGCCGAAGGCCUCAAAUUAAGAACUACUUUGCGCCACAAUUGGAAGAUAUGUACAAACACCUGGACUGAACAUGUUCCCUGUAUUAUCUGCCGUGUUACCGAACGAGUGCGAGUGCGUGAGAGGAAUAGAGCGAGUAUGUAGCAACAUUUUAUCUCAAAUGGCCGCUAACUGGGACUUUCAAUUUCCUUACGGUCCUCACCAGAAUUUGAUUGCCCCAGAAUUUACGACGCGCGUAGUAGACGAAUACUAAAUGAAAGUGUGUUUACAUGUGUUUUGUAGGCACUAAUAAAACCAAUAAAGCUGGAAACACCUAACAAAGACUAAAUUAAGUCCAAUGUUGCCAAGCGCCAUUAUUGUGCUUCGACUGCAACUCCGAUAAUUCAGUUAUUUCGUUAAAGAUCGCCGGAAAUGUAGCCUUCGUAACUUUGACAAGAAGGGCAAUCUUAACUGAAAUUUUACUUACUAAAACACGACUUAAAUCUUCAUAAAACCAAAAUCUACUUAGUUGUUACUUAAUAAAUUAUGACAGUUCGAAGAGUUUUCGAAGCCAGUUACAAACUAUAGGACAAGAAAUAACUUAAAAUGAGGCAUGCUAUACAGUAGUAGGGGACUUUAUAAUGGAAUUUAAAGCGGUCAGAUUCUUGAGUCAAUUUUCAAUUCUUAUGACGUUAAGCUCCCGACAAAAAAAAGUAUCACUUCUCGGGGUUAUCAACUUUAAACCAUCACAAAUACUGACUUAAGGAUAUGGGAAGAGAGGAAAAUCUAUUGUAACUAGUGGAAAAGUUUUACUUAAUGAUUCCUAUCUUUGAAAAUCCAAUUUCCAAGUGUUUUUAUCAAACAUUUACCAAAUUUAGGUUGAAUCUUAGCAAUUUUAGGUGAUGAGCUCUAGUCAAGUUUUUCUGUUCUUUUCAACUUUAUUUUUCGUAAAACAAUACGCACGAUAAAAUGAUACUCUAUCUUUUAAAGUUUGUAUUGCGACAAUAUCACUUAGUAGCAUAUUAGAGAAUGUUUUAUGCAUCAAUUUUAUAUAAAAAGAUCAAAAGGAAAACAUGAUACUGAGUUUUUACAUAAAAAAUUAAGCGUUGUCUUACUUAAAAUUUGAAAACAUAUAGGUAAUUAUGCAUUUCCAGAUGUGAACCAUUCAAAUUACUUAUUCCCAGAAAUUCUUUGAAUAACUACCGCAUUACAGGCCACAAACAUAUGAGUUCUACUGUUACGGUGCUGCGUUUGCCCUUGUAGACUGCAAGUCAGAUACGUUAAUAUAACUAUGUUUUAAAAAGAAUGUUUAAACCAAAAAGAAAAAUCCAAACUUCGCAUCGACUAAAAUAGUUAAAAACACUCGAAUCGACAGGUCAAACUAAACCGUUCAAAUCACAUUCACCUUAAGGUAUGGUCACACAAAUACAAACUACGAAUGAAUUCAAGCAGGAUCGAUUUAAUUGCAGAACACAGUUACACACGAUGAACACAAUACACGAAUAGACGCAUAGGUUCAGAAAUGAAAUGAAAAGAUACCAUUUAGCGAUAUUGUAGGAUAUUGACAAACAAAAACAUACUACACCAUCAGCUGUUGAUGAGCUGAGCUAAGAAGAACUUGAAAUAAUUAAAGAUCGUAACCGAAGGGCAAUGGUAAACAUGAUAAAUGCAGUGAAACCUUGAAAACAACUAAUGGAACACUUUUCACCGGGCGCCUAUUUAAUCGUAGAAUAAAUUGCAAUACUAUGUAGUUAGUUGAAACAGUGAUGGUGAAAAUCAAAACGAC